CCUUCUUUUGACUGUCAGUCACCAACGCAUUAUAUAUAGCAGCACUGUCACAAGAACAACGAACCAACACUGUUGCGAGAGAGCGAGGACUCAUACAUAGAGCUAACUCUCACCAAUCUUCCUUCUUCUUCAAAUUCAAUCCAUGUUUCCAAAGCUCUUGAAAUAGCAAGGAAGGCAGUGAAGUUUGAAGAUGGCGGCUUCGGUUGGCGUGGCGCCGCAUUCAAGCUUGAGAGAAUCCAGUGGUAUUGCUGUUGAUAGAUUACCAGAGGAGAUGAAUGAUAUGAGAAUUAGGGAUGAUAAAGAAAUGGAAGCUACCGUUGUUGAAGGUAAUGGAACCGAGACAGGCCAUAUCAUUGUAACCACUAUUGGGGAUGGAAAUGAUCAGUCAAAGCAGACUAUAAGCUAUAUGGCAGAGCGAGUAAUAGGGCAUGGGUCAUUUGGGGUUGUCUUCCAGGCUAAAUGCUUGGAGACUGGUGAAACUGUGGCUAUCAAAAAGGUUCUUCAAGACAAGAGGUAUAAGAACCGAGAACUGCAGACGAUGCGUCUUCUUGACCAUCCAAAUGUUGUCUCUUUGAAGCAUUGCUUCUUUUCAACCACUGAAAAGGAUGAACUAUACCUUAACUUGGUACUUGAGUAUGUUCCUGAAACUAUUCAUCGAGUGAUCAAGCAGUACAACAAGUUGAACCAACGCAUGCCACUGAUAUAUGUGAAACUCUAUACAUACCAGAUCUUUAGGGCACUAUCUUACAUUCAUGGUUGUAUUGGAGUCUGCCAUCGGGAUAUCAAGCCUCAAAAUAUAUUAGUUAAUCCGCAUACCCACCAGGUUAAAUUAUGUGACUUUGGAAGUGCAAAAGUCUUGGUAAAAGGCGAACCAAAUAUAUCAUACAUAUGUUCUAGAUAUUAUAGAGCACCUGAACUUAUAUUUGGAGCAACUGAAUAUACUACAGCUAUUGACACUUGGUCUGUAGGUUGUGUAUUGGCUGAGCUUCUGCUUGGACAGCCUCUGUUCCCCGGUGAAAGUGGAGUUGAUCAGCUUGUGGAGAUCAUCAAGGUUCUGGGCACUCCAACAAGGGAAGAGAUUAAGUGCAUGAACCCUAACUAUACAGAAUUUAAAUUCCCACAAAUUAAAGCACAUCCAUGGCACAAGAUAUUUCCUAAGCGCAUGCCACCCGAAGCUGUUGAUUUGGUAUCAAGACUACUACAAUACUCCCCUAACUUGCGGUGCACAGCUUUAGACGCCUUGACCCAUCCCUUCUUUGAUGAACUUCGUGACUCAAAUACUCGCUUGCCAAGUGGUCGUUUCCUUCCGCCUUUAUUCAAUUUCAAACCUCAUGAACUGAAGGGAGUCCCAAUUGAGAUUUUGGUGAAAUUGAUCCCAGAGCAUGCCAGGAAGCAGUGCCUGUUCCUUGGGUUGUGAAUGUAACAAAACUGCAAGUGCUUUUCCAUGUGCAUGGUUCCUCUAUUUAUGAAAUGAAAUUUCUACUUUAAUGUAUCAUUGUUAUGUUUCGGUGCCUUGUAAAAACAGAUUUUGAGAUAUAUGGAAUUCAUAUAAAAGCCAUUCUAGCAUGUCGUCUGGGAUUUCUCUGUUUUUCUA